UGACAUUCUUUGGAGAGUCACUGGACGCAGGAGUGAAAAAGCUGCAAUGGCUCGUACUAAGCAAACCGCUCGCAAAUCCACCGGAGGAAAAGCGCCUCGCAAGCAGCUGGCUACCAAGGCUGCCCGGAAAAGCGCGCCCGCCACCGGAGGAGUGAAGAAACCUCACCGCUACCGCCCAGGGACCGUAGCCUUACGGGAGAUCCGUCGCUACCAGAAAUCUACUGAGCUGCUCAUCCGCAAGCUUCCUUUCCAGAGAUUGGUGAGAGAGAUCGCCCAGGAUUUUAAGACCGACCUGCGUUUCCAGAGCUCUGCCGUCAUGGCUUUGCAGGAAGCGAGCGAGGCUUAUCUCGUGGGUCUGUUUGAAGAUACCAACCUGUGUGCCAUCCACGCAAAGAGAGUCACCAUCAUGCCGAAAGACAUCCAGCUGGCGCGCCGUAUCCGUGGGGAGAGGUGGUGGGUGGCUCUGAAAAGAGCCUUUGGGGGUUUGCUCCGGCGGGAGAAAAAGGCGCCUUCAUUUGCCUUUGGCCUUGUGGCUCUCGGUCUUCUUGGGCAGCAGGACGGCCUGGAUGUUGGGCAGGACGCCUCCCUGGGCGAUGGUGACUUUGCCCAGGAGUUUGUUGAGCUCUUCGUCGUUGCGGAUGGCCAGCUGCAAGUGGCGCGGGAUGAUGCGGGUCUUCUUGUUGUCCCGAGCCGCGUUGCCGGCCAACUCGAGGAUCUCCGCCGUCAGGUACUCCAGCACUGCCGCCAGAUAGACUGGCGCCCCGGCGCCGACCCGCUCGGCGUAGUUGCCUUUGCGCAGCAGCCGGUGGACGCGGCCGACGGGGAACUGGAGACCGGCUCUGGAGGAAAUAACGAAGAACUUGUAAAGAUGUCUGGUCGUGGCAAAGGUGGAAAGGGUCUCGGCAAAGGCGGCGCUAAGCGCCACCGUAAAGUUCUCCGCGAUAACAUCCAGGGGAUUACCAAACCGGCUAUCCGCCGUUUGGCUCGGCGUGGGGGUGUGAAGCGUAUCUCCGGGCUGAUCUACGAGGAGACUCGCGGCGUACUGAAAGUUUUCCUGGAGAACGUCAUCCGGGAUGCUGUGACCUACACCGAGCAUGCCAAGAGAAAGACCGUGACCGCCAUGGAUGUGGUGUACGCUCUGAAGCGCCAGGGCCGUACUCUAUACGGUUUCGGGGGUUAAAUUCUUCCGCUCCAACAUAAAACACAACGGCCCUUUUAAGGGCCAC